CAUAAAUUUAUUUACACUUGCGUGGUUCACUCCAAAGUGUUGUUAUAAUAAAAUAAAUAAUUUAAAUUUCUAAAAAACAAUAUUUAGUUUUAUUGUAUCCUAAUAUUUGAAGUGCGGCGGACCAUUGUACCUGAACUAAAUAAUUCAUAUAGGAAUUAGGAAGACGAAAGAAAGAAACAAAAUGGAUAAUAAACAACACGGUAACCCACCACCAUAUUCACAAGCUCCCCCACCAGGACCUGGAUUUCAUGUUCCUCCAACGGCUCCACCACCCGUAGUUUUAGUUCCUAGUAAUGUUGGGCCCGAUCCUGCAACGAUCACAUGUCCCAGUUGUCGAGCAAACAUCCGAACCAGAAUAGAAUACGAAUCUACUACUAAAACACAUUUGUUUGCACUUUUAUUGUUUCUAAUUGGAUGUUGGCCAUGUUGUUGUAUACCAUACUGUAUGGACUCCUGUAAUAAUGCAAAUCAUUAUUGUCCAAAUUGUGGAAGUUUCAUUGGAUCAUAUAAAUCCUAAAUAAUGAUUAUGUCAUAUUUUUUUUAAGAAACACAUUAUUUUUUAAAAAUAAAAAUUAAACAAUUAAACGCCAUUUUUGAAUUUUUCCAAAGCAGAGAAAAAUUCAAAAAAUGAUUUUCCUGUAAUAAUGCAAAUCUAUAUUGUCCAAAUUGUGGAAGUUUCAUUGGAACAUAUAAAUCCUAAAUAAUGAUUAUGUCAUACUUUUUUUAAGAAACACAUUCUUUUUUUAAAAUUAAAAAAUAAACUAUUAAUAAUGCCAUUUUUGAAUUUUUCCAAAACAGAGAAAAAUUCACAUAAUGAUUUUAAGCCAUUUUUGUGAAUAAACUAUUUGAAACAAAA